AUGCAACAACGGAGAUAUGGUAAAAUUUCAUUUAUUUUAAUGAAGACGGACAUACUUGUUUAUUUUCUCUUUUUAUUGGAUAAUUUGCAAUAUUUAUUUCAUAUUCAAUCGAUAUAUGCUCCUAACAAAUAAUUCAUAGCAUUAACGUAAUUAAUACGUUAAUAUAACAAAAUUAAGUAAGACUGUGAAAUGCAGAUUACAUUUUGCUGUAUUUUAUAAAUUUUCAAUAAUAUUGUAUUUGACAUUUUUUAAUAAUUUAUAUCAUUUCCGGGAAGAAACGAAUUUACGUUCUGCGCACUGCAUUUCCAUAUUGUACAGUUCUGUUUAACUGACAAAAGAAGCGAGCCACGUUUGAAAUUUUGAUGACGUACAUUCAUGGCAUAUUUUUACAAAUCAAUUAUAUUCAGAGCAUAAUUUUUACAAAUCAAUUAUAUUACGAUAUAUUCAUAGAUAUUUUACAAUAGUAGAGAAUAUUCUCCAACACAUAAAUAUUCUUUAUGUAUUAAUAUUGAUUAAAUAUUUCACAUUUUUAAUAUAUUUUUUAUCUGUGAUAAAUAAAUAAUAAUAAUUGUAAUGAUUUUGAAAAAGCAGUAUUUCUUGAAUUUCUUAAAUAAUCAGCAGUAUACUUUUAAGAACAAAUUGUAAGAUUUCGCAUGUUUUGAUAAAGGUUUUUACAACUUCAAUCUUCCUGUUCCAUGGGAAGAACUCAAUAGUGGCCCAAAAGCCGAGAAUGUAAGUACUACAUUUAAUUUUAUUUCUUAUAUUUUACGUUAAUUAUUAUUAAUUAAAAAAUAGAGUGAUUAUCAUCAUAGAAUAUAUUAAAAUUUUUAACUCUACCUUUAAAAACAAUUAUAAUAGUCUAUGCUUUAUUACAGGUUUCUUUCAUUCUUCACUUUUUUCUUGAUACCAACGAUUCUUGCCUAAUGACGAUAACUUCUGCUGGACCAUACUCAUUGAUAACAGUGCUUUUUGCUGUCUAAUCGUGAGUCACAUGCAUUUUGUUCCUCUAGUCACUUAAUCAUGUCGUAGGAUGAAAAGUCUGAGUCGACACGAGUGGCUAGUUGUAUUAUAUAAAAUUUUUGACGAGCAUAGUGACUGUGAGUAUUUAUUAUACUCAUGAGCAGUAACAUUUUCUUGUUUGUGUUUUAUUUAUUAGUUCAGGAUAGGUUUUCUUGUACAUCGCGUUUUUUUGAAUAUUUAACAUACGCGUGACUGAAAAUUACAGGGUAUAAUUAUUUAUAAAAUCGAAAUAUAUUUAAUGCGAUCGUUUGCAGAGAUAAAAUAUUCAUACAAAUAUAUAGUAUCUAUAUGAAUAAAUAAAAUACGAAUAUUGGAACAAAUGAUGGCAUGUUACAAUUAUUUUGUUUGAGUAUUUUGUCAUGGAGAAAUCAGCAAUUUUAAUUGAAAUUAUUACAAUUCUAAAGAUGAUACGUAUUAUAAUUCUUGAAAUUAUGAAUAAUAUAUAGUUUUAUCUCAUAUUAUACUAUAGAAUUACUUUUUUAUUUAAUUUCCAUAUUCAAUAGAACUUGAAACAUGAAGAAAGUUCAGUUUUCUCCGUCUAG